AGCAACACAAGGAACAGGAACAACAGCGGCGCCUGAUUUUUCACUCGCAGGGAUCAGCCAAGAAUAUACGUUACGGAUUUCUUCGGUGGCACACAACGACGGCGCAACACGACCAUCGAUUGCCCCAGGCAGCUGUUUCAUCUGACUGAGUGACUAGGAGAAGCCAAACGACACUUUCACAACACAAACACCGCAAGACACCAUGGGGUCGUCCGAAGUCUCGCAGCUGUGUGAGAUGAACGCGGAGCUCUCUUCGUGCAAGGAGAACAACGACCGGACGCGGCAGGAGAUCAGCGAUAUCAGGGUGAUGAUUGGUCUCCAGGAGAAACGCCUUGAGAGCCAGGUGUCCGCGACCAACCGGCACCGCUCCGGGAAGGCGGCGGCCACGGCCGCUGUGGAGAAAAGGAUGCAGAGGCUUUUCGACCUGCGCCUGAAAGUGGACCACAUUGCCAAACAACACAACGAGCGAGAAGAGCAGACGACGAACCUCCCCGCAACGAACCUGGCAAAGGAAAACGAAGCGGCAGAGCUGACCCGUAGAUCCGAGGAGCUAGACGUGGAGAUCAGGGUGCAGCGGGAGGAACAAGCCACCGCUGAGACGGCAUGCACCUCUUCCACUACAGUGAGCGGGUCCCCUUUGACUUUCACUACCGCCCCGCGGGGCCGCAUUUCCCGCACCCCUACCCCAAUGGUGAUGACCCUACCCCAGUGGUGA